CCAAAACUACUUCUUAUAAAAAUGCAGGUGGAGCUACCACUCGGCUACUAGAAACAAAAUGGAAAGUGUAUUUUUAUCCCUUUUUUGUCUAUUCACGACUCAUUAGUUCAGGCAUGCUUGGCCUUGAUUAUUGUCUUUUCUUCUUGAAGAUAUGAACCAGAGCUCAUCAAAGAAAUUGUUGACAAGGUGCGUACCUUAGUACAUCCUACAUGGUCGGCGCCUGAUGAAAAGCUGGUUGGAAUUGAUUCAACAUUGGAGCAUCUACAUAGGCUUCUAGAUACAGAGUCAGAUGAUGUACGUUUUAUAGGGAUAUGGGGGUUGAGUGGGAUAGGUAAGACAACUAUUGCUGAGAGAACUUGUGCGAGGAUUCUUCAUAAAUUUGAAGGCAGCUGCUUUCUUGACAGAGUUAGAGAUAAGGUUUCUCAAACAGAUGGUCUAAAAAAUCUAAAAAGAGAACUUUGCAAGAGCCUUAUGAACAGAAAUAUAGAAGACUGGGCCUUUGAUAUACAAGGCACAAUCAAAAGGCUCUUAUCUCACAAAAAAGUUCUUCUUGUUCUUGAUGAUGUGGAUGAUAAUAGUCAAUUAGAAGAGUUAUGUGGGAACCAAGAUGGGUUUGCUCCAGGGAGCAGAGUCAUUAUUACAGCAAGAAGUGAACGAUUGCUAAGUAGACAUGGUGUGGACAAAACAAUUGAGCUGCAGAAGUUAAAUGACCAAGACGCUCUUCAACUUUUUAGCUUGAAAGCCUUUGGAAGAGAUUAUCCAGAUAAAGGCUAUGUAGCUCUGUCUAAAUGUUUUGUGAGUUAUGCCAAUGGCCUCCCAUUAGCUCUUAAACUCUGGGGAUCAUCUUUGCAUAAAGCAGAUCAAGAUGAAUGGAGAAGUAAAUUGGGUAAACUAAGAGAUAAUUUUGAUGGAAAAAUUCUGGAGAGGCUUAAAAUAAGUUUUGAUGAAUUAGACGAAGAGGAGAAAAGUAUUUUCCUUGAUAUCGCAUGCUUCUUUACGGGAAAGUACAAAGAUGAAGUGGUUGAAAGACUACACGGCUUUCGUUCCCGCAUAGACAACACUAUAAAAGUUCUUAUCAGGUGGUCUAUGUUAACAGUUUCAGAUAAUAUGGUGUGGAUGCAUAAUUUGUUACAAGAAAUGGGUAGAGCAAUUGUUCGUGAAGAGUCAAAAGAACCUGGUGAACGUAGCAGGUUGUGGCUUUCAAAGGACAUUUUUUAUGUUUUGAGAAAUAAUACGGGGACAUCAGCAGUUGAAGGCAUUGUCUUAGACCAUCGUGAAUCAGAAGUGUGUGAAUGCCAUCCCGAAGCCUUUUCAAAGAUGUUUAAUCUUAAAUUUCUCAAACUUCAUAAUGUGUACCUUCAUAAAGGCCUCGCAUGUCUUCCUAACUCCUUACAAUUUCUUGAAUGGAAAGGUUAUCCUUUAGAUUCUCUCCCCUUAGGUUUCAAACCGGAUAAGCUUGUUGAACUCAGCAUGUGUCAUAGUAGGAUUGAACAGCUUUGGAGUGGAAUAAAGGAUUUUGACAAGUUGAAAGUCAUCAAACUUAGUCAUUCAAAAAGUUUGACUAGCACCCCCGAUUUCAAAGAGGUCCAAAAUCUUGAGAGACUAGAUCUUGAGGGAUGUGAAAGUCUAGUUGUGAUCCACUCAUCCAUACGAGUUCUCAAAAAGCUUCUUUUCUUGAAUCUUAAAGACUGCAAAAGUCUUGAGAGUUUGCCAGGUGAGAUUGCAAUGGAAUGCCUGGAAAUCUUAUCCUUUCUGGUUGCUCAAAUGUUAAAAGGAUUCCUGAAUUUGUUGGAUAUAUGGAGAAUUUGUGGAAGAUUUCUUUAGAUGGGACAGCUAUUGCAGAUAUACCAUCAUCAAUUGAAGGUCUGACUAAACUUUCUGUUCUUGAUAUUAGAGAUUGUGUAAAUCUGACUCGUCUUCCAAACACCAUUGGCAAAUUGAAGUACCUUAAAAGUCUUAAUGCUUCUGGAUGCACACAACUUGCAGAACUGCCUGCAAGCUUUGAGGAACUAGUGUCUUUGGAAAAGCUUGAUUUAAGUGGAACUGCCGUAGAAAAAUGGCCCUUUUCCGUUGUCCAUUUGAAAAAUCUAGAAUCAUUUCUUUUCCGUGGACCAAAAGGGCGAUCACCACAGCCAUGGCAUGUGUUGCUCCCUUUUAGAUGGCCAUUGAUGAGUCGUCAACCUAUGACUGAGUUCUUGCCUCCUUUGUCAGGGUUAUGUUCUUUAAGGGAGUUAGAUCUAUGUGAUCACAAUCUUCGGGAUGGAACAAUCCUCGCUGAUAUUGGUUGCUUAUCUUCUUUGGUAUCAUUGAACUUGAGUGGAAAUGAUUUUGUUAGCCUUCCUGAAAGCAUUAGCCAGCUUUCUCAGCUUGAGAACUUAUAUUUGAGUGGUUGCCGGAGUCUUGAACACCUUCCAUUCCUUUCAUCAACUAAAAGUUUACAAGUGACUGCCGAUGGAUGCACUUCACUGGAAAGGCUCCAACAUCCAUUGAAUUUGGAUACAUUAAAUUCUUCAUGUUUCAAUUUGACGAAUUGCUUUGGAUUGGUUGAGAAAGAAAGCCACGACCAUAAAACAUUCACUAUGCUCCGAAAAUACCUUCAGAGAAUCUCGUAUCCACGAGAUAGGUUUGAAAUUGUAAUUCCUGGAAGUAAUAUUCCUUGGUGGUUCAGUCAUCAAAGAGUGGGAUCUUCAGUAAGAAUACAGGUAACUCCGAAUUGGUGUAGUAACAAGUGGAUGGGAUAUGCUCUUUGCGCUGUUUUUCAAGUUUUCAGCAGUGGAUGGGAGGUCUCUUGUAUUUUGCAAGUCAAUGGAAAAAGAAAGUACCCUGCGCCUGCAUUAUCAACUGAUGUCCAGCCCGUUUCGGAUCAUCUUUGGCUAUUCUAUGUGACUCGUGACACAAGCUUUGGUACCGAAUGGCAAAAGAGUUGUGAUCAGUUAACAUUUUCAUUUGAAAGCUCAGGCCCCAGCUUGGUCAAGAGUUGCGGUGCCCGUUUGAUUUACGAACGAGAUGUGAAAGAGUUCAACGAAGUAUUGACACAAUCCAGCAGCAACAUCUCUACUUAAAAACACAAUGAGGGGAAAGGACACAGUGGAACUCAUAGUUUUGAUGAAGAAUUAUAGUUCAAAUUCACCUUUGCCGCACCAAUUAUCUAAUUCCCUCCCUAAUGUCAUAAGAA